AUGGCUCUCCACACUAUUUCUAUCAAGCGGACUAUGGAUUUUGAAGCGAAAGCAAUGUUGCAGUAUCUUAGGAAUAGGUUACUUAGAGGAAAUUUGCAUAGGCACCCGGCGGCCGCGGGUUGCCUCCCCGCGGACCGGUCCUGCUUCGCGGUCGCCGUCUCCGUCGGCGCGCCCUACGCCUCGCGCCGCGACUCCUCCUCCUCCGCCGCCGCCGCCGCCGCCGCCACGCCCGCGCGCCCCUGCUGCACCACCACCUCCUACAUCGCCGUCCUCGGCAUCAGCUUCGGGUCCCUCCUCUCCAUCCUGCUCAUCCUGUGCGCCAUCCGGUGGUACCUCGUGCGGCGCUCCGCGACUCGGGACGCGGCGGCCGAGGCCGCCGCCGCGGCGGAGCCGGACAAGAAGUGCUUCACGGGGCUGGACGCCGACGCCAUCGCCGCGCUGCCGGAGUUCGUGUACCGCAAGGAGGAGGCCGCCGAGGAGCGCGAGUGCGCGGUCUGCCUGGGCGCGCUGGCGGAGGGCGACGCCGCGCGGCUGCUGCCCCUGUGCAUGCACCUCUUCCACCGGGGCUGCGUCGACGUCUGGCUCAGGGAGCACUCCACGUGCCCCGUGUGCCGCGCCGAGGCGGUGGCCGUAAGGCGGGGCGGGGAGGGUGCCGCCGGCAAGGAGCAGGAGGCUGGCGGCACGUCACGACCGUCCACGUCGCCGCCGCCGCAGGACAGCCUCCUGGUGCUGGACGACGGGGAAAGGGACCUGGAGGCGCAGCUCUAG